AUGUUUUCUGCACCUGCUAUUCAGACUCAACCUGCAUCGCGACCAGGAAGGAAAUCGAGAAGCCCCGGCGUAGGGGAGGAAUCGGGGAAGAAGCCCAAGAAACCCAACAGCGAGAUUCGGAAGCAGCAGAACAGGAUAGCUUCUAGGAACUAUCGAGAAAAGCGGAAGCGAAAGCUACAGUACCUCCAGCAGCUUCUCAAAGACGGAAGUUCCAGCGAACAGACAGCUCAAGAUUCAGAACAGGGCGACGGAUCACCUAUAAUGUCGCCAGAGUAUCAUGCCCCAGUGCCGGCUGCCGCCACCUUGAGCCUUCCUUCGAACAACGGCUUCUCCACUUUGGCUUCUAGCCCAGUGCUAGCGACGACUGCGGCCUACGAUAGCCACCUCCUCGCAACGUCGCAGCCUUUCUCUACCUUCGAACCAGCCUGGCACACAUCCAUUUACGAACCAACCCCAGCUAUCAACAUCUCAUCGUGGAAUGUGCCAGCGUGGAUGCCUGGCCUAGAUUUUACCCCGCCAGUAACAUCACGACCGGAAGAGUUCCAAUUCACGCCUCCUCACUCACACCACUCCUUCGAGCAGCUCCCCACACCCCCGCGACAACCACAUGAGCCGGCGCACCGCUCUGACCUCUUUCUUAUGGACUCCUAUGGCCACUGCGGACGAGUCGACGUGCAUUCAAGGCCCGUAUCUCCAUACCAUCACCCGCGAUACCACAGGGCGCCCUGA